UGGACUUUUAAAUCAUUGAUAACAUCACAGCAAUAUUUAAAACCUACCCAUAAAAUAAUUUUUGGUUCAUUUCAAUCUUCAAUAAUGACCUCAUUAUUUCAAGGACGGGAGACAUUGAGGAUUAAGAUUUUGGCGGCUUCAUCAUGACGGAGGUUUUGCCGAUUUCUCUGGUGAAUUUCAAUGCAGAUAGUGGCUAUUUAGAAGGUCUAGCACGUGGAAUUAAGGGUGGACUCUUAAAGCAAGCUGAUUAUCACGUGCUAGUACAGUGUGAAACUUUGGAUGACUUAAAGCUUCACCUGCAUGACACUGACUAUGGGGAAUUUCUCGCCAAUGAACCGGGACCUUUGACUGUGGGGAUCAUUGAAGAGAGAAUUCGCGAAAAGUUUGUGUCUGAGUUCCGCCACAUACGCAACCAAGCUGUAUACCCAUUAUCUUUAUUCUUGGAUUACAUCACAUACAGCUACAUGAUUGAUAAUAUUGUGCUUCUGAUAACAGGGACUCUUCAUGGCAGACCGAUAUCCGAACUUAUGACUAAAUGCCACCCUCUUGGGACAUUUUUGGAAAUGGAAACCCUGAAUAUUGCAACUAACCCUGCUGAAUUAUACAAUGCUGUACUCGUGGAUACGCCUUUAGCUCCAUUUUUUAUUGAUUGCAUUUCAGAGCAAGACUUAGAUGAACUUAAUAUAGAGAUAAUACGUAACACUUUGUACAGGGCCUAUAUUGAAGAUUUUUAUGCCUUCUGUAAAUCACUGGGUGGAAUCACUGCCGAGGUGAUGUGUGAGUUGUUGGCUUUUGAAGCUGAUAGGAGGGCGUUUAUCAUAACAAUCAAUUCAUUCGGGACAGAACUUUCGAACGAAGAUCGGUCCAAACUGUAUCCUCGCUGUGGAAAACUUAACCCAGAGGGGCUUGUUCAACUUGCUAAGGCUAACGAUUACGAGCAAGUAAAAUCUGUUGCCAGGUACUAUUCGAAUUAUUCCUCUUUGUUUGAAGAAACUGGUGAGGGCUUUGGGGAUAAGACAUUAGAAGAUAAAUUCUUUGAAUAUGAAGUUCAAUUGAAUGUAGACGCCUUCUUACAGCAGUUUCAUUAUGGUAUAUUCUACGCCCUUCUUAAAUUAAAGGAACAAGAAAUGAGAAACAUCGUUUGGAUUGCGGAGUGCGUUUCCCAACGUCAUCGUACCAAAAUUGACUCUUAUAUCAAUAUUCUAUGAUCUGAAUAUGACGUUUUGUUGAAAAAUUAUUCCACGCUUAAAAUGCGUUCUAAGCAUAAUGUUUUUGACUGUUAUAGCUUACUUUGGAUUUAUUUAUUUAAACUCGUGAAAAAUUUAUAUAAUUUAUUUUUUCUGUAUGAUUAAUUUCAAGUGAUUAUUAAAACGGUUUUAGUCGUCCGAAUCACUAAUAUCAAUUUUGAAAUUUCCUUUCGUAAAUAUCAUUUUACUUAGAUGCUUCCAUUCUUUCUCCUAACACCUGAUUUUUUGUUAAUGUUGUGUUGGAAUACCAAUAAACUAUGUGACAGUUCUCUGAAUUUUGUUUAAGUAGGUUUGUGCUUUAGGUGUCACACUAGUUGUUAGUGACGAGAAUUAAUUAUAUCAACUUUUAGUACAGUAAACACCUAGUUUCUAAAGGAAGAUCUGUUCACAUGCAUUUCCGAUUACUACUGAGUUUCAGCUUUUACAUGAAGAAAGUUGCUGUGUCUGUUCGUCAACAUCUGAGAUGUAACUCGACGGAGGCAGGUUAAUAUUAUCAUGACCAAUGUCUGUUUUUUAAUGGGUAAUCAAAAUAUUUCAUCGCUGCUUAGUAAUAAAGCUUUGUUUUAUUAUUAACCACAGAACUCCCAACACUUUCUAGGGAGAUACUUCUCUAGAAACCAUGGAAUCCCUGAUAUAUUUUAUAAAUUAGUCUUGAGAUAAUGUACUGUUGAUUCAGCAUCAGUGAUAUUUAGUUGCCGGAUUCGUUACACCAUAAAAAGUCUUGAUGAAUCACAUAUACAUGUCAGGCGCUCAUCAUUCUAUUAGGAUUAUACUAAUUUCUCAUUACUUCCCAAUCAGAAGUCCUUAUCGUAGGAUAUGCGAAACGCAAUGCAGAGGUUCGUAUUUUGUUUUAAUUCUGAAUAAUUUUAUCAAUUUGUCUUUUCAUACCUCGGCGAAAUUUAAGGUGUAACACAACUAAUCAUGUUCUGAAUUCAAAGUGUUCCGUGGCACCAGUGAUGUAAAAAGCAGCAAGUUUUAUUCCGAUGGGAUUCGAAAAAGUAGGGACCACGUCGACAAAAUUCAUGUGUUAUGUGUUUGAUAUGAACGGUAAAUACCUAGACAUUUCAAGUCCAAUUGUUAUCUCUGUGUACUUCCAUACAAAGAUGGCAGCUUUCACGUUUGACC